ACCAACUCUCUUUCAUAUUCAAUUUAAAAAAAAUACAAAACCCCUUUCUAUCUUCUCAUAGUCAUGACCAAAGGAGGCAAGCUCACAAAAAUCAAAUCAGUCUUGAAAAAAAUGCAAUCUUUCAAAAUUGGUCGUGUCAAUAGCAUCAACAACACAAACAUGUUGGAAAACAAUGCAUAUAAUUCAUACGAAGAUGAUAACAACAACAACAACAACAACAACAAUUUACACCCCGUCUACGUUGGAAAAUCGAGACGUAGGUACCUAGUUACCUCCGAUGUUAUCGAUCACCCUCUUUUUCGAGAACUUAUCGAAAGGAGGACAAGUGAUUCGGAGGAAUAUGUUAGUGUUGGAUGUGAAGUUGUUUUAUUUGAACAUUUGCUAUGGAUGCUUCAAAAUGCUGAUCCACAACCCGAGUCGAUGGAUGAACUUGUCGAGUUUUAUUCAUGUUGAUUGAUUCAGAAUGAACGUCAUCUUAUUAAUUAUAUAUAUAUAUAUGCAUACAUUUUGAAUUUUUUUAAUUAUUUUUUCUUGCAUAUGUAUAAGUAGUUCUGAAUGAUCAAAAGUAAUCAGUUCAGUUGAAUCUCCUGAAUUCACCAAGUAGUUAGUGAGUUUUUUUUUUAAUUUUGUUAUUAGAUUUGUUAAUUUGAUUUUGAUUAAUUAACAUGAAUGUUAAAAUGGAUGUUCUCACAAUAGAGGGAAAAUUAAGACUAAUUAUGGUUAAUUACUACUUGUUUCUUCAAUGUAUA